CAAUGAACCCUAGCUACAUAGCCCAAAUCCAGUAAAGCUCUUAUCCCUUAGGCCUUAACGUGUUAAAAGCGUUCUCAUUUUAACGAUACCAGAACUCAUUCAUCAGUAGGGUCCGGGAACAAGAGAUUGGGAAUCCUCCGCCUAUUCUUCCAGAAUGGUUGGAUCACAGGGGCCUUUGCCCAUUAAACGUAGAAGACCAGUUUCUAGUUCUCCAGCUAAUGCUUUGACAGAACAUGAGCUAAUUGUUCUAAAAGUAAUUGAAAGCAAAGAAGAUAUGGGAAUCUGGUUAAGAGACUUGAAACGUGAAGCACAUAUCCCAGACACUGCUGUGACUAAGGCCCUCAAGUCGAUUCAGGCAAAGAAUUUGAUAAAAGAGGUGAAGACUGUCAAAAACAGUGGGCGAAAACAUUACAUGGCUUCCCAAUUCGAACCUUCAAAGGAAAUCACUGGAGGGGAUUGGUAUGCUGGGGGGAGCCUAGAUGUAGAUUUCAUUAAGUGCUUGAAAGAGCUUUGCAUAAGUUUCAUACGACAGCUGAAGGUGGCCACCAUUGAGGGAGUUACUAACAGGCUCAGAGGUUCUGGAGCCCUUGAAGUUGAGUUAACUAGCCAGCAAAUUGAAGAGAUUUUGAGGGCACUGGUUUUGGACAAUGAAAUCAUGGAAGUAAGGAGUAAUGGGUCGGGAGAUUGUUCUAGUAUUCCAGUUGGCAAAGUUUGUUAUAAGCUGACAAGCAAACGACGUGCUGCUGCGGAACCGAAAAUCGGGGCUUUUGCUUCCAUUCCUUGCGGAGUUUGUACUCAGAUAAGUCUUUGUACUCCUGGUGGCGUAAUUUCACCAGAAACCUGUGUUUACUACAAAGAAUGGUUGGAAUUUUAGUUUGAUUGUUGCUUCUGAAGUUUUAGAUAUUGUUUCCCUCCAAUGCUAAAACUUUGGUUUAUCAACAUAGUUUGGAUUUGUGAUUUUGUUUACAACUUGG